UCAACCCAGCACUCGUCCUCGGCAGUACAGCUGCGGCAGCGGACACGUGCGCACGUGUUUCCCAACCGCGAUCAUCCAAAACUUUCUUACGUCAAAUGGAUAUAACCUAACACAACAGUUUACCAACAUAAAAUGUGAUUAUAGUGCACCCUAACACAUAAUAUGGCCCACUAAAACGUGUUCAAAGUGCAGUGUUAUCAAGUGUCAAGUGUUUUAUCAAUGAUGUGAGUUGUUGAAAAAAAAAAGGAAUUAUGAGCAUCCAAAAGUGUCUUCUGGAUAACUCCAGUAGGAUGAUCAAGGCUAUGUCCACUGCGAAAUCAUCUAACAGUGAUGUCAAAACGAAAACCACUCGCAGUUGGAUAGAGAGCACAUUCCAGAAGCGAGAAUGCAAAUGCUUCGUUCCCAGCGCCAAGGAUGAGCAUGUAUGCUGGUGUGGUCUCAGCAAAACAGCCCAUGGUGCCAACAUACAAACAGCGCCGCCGGGUGAGGCAUGGGUGCCAACCCGACACACCCAGUCUGCACCCACGGACGCGUAUGGCACCGUCGAGUUUCAGGGAGGACCACAUCCGACCAAAGCACAGUACGUUCGACUGUCCCAUGAUACCCGACCAGAUCUCAUAGUCCAACUGCUCACGCGGGAGUGGGCUCUUGACCGACCGAAGCUGCUCAUCACGAUACAAGGCGGUAAAGCUAACUUUGACUUGCAACCGAAGCUAAAGAAGGUUCUUAGGAAGGGACUGUUAAAAGCUGCGAAGACCACUGGAGCGUGGAUAUUCACGGGAGGGACCAAUACAGGUGUAACACGGCAAGUAGGCGACGCGUUGCAGCUGGAGCGUUCUCAGCGCGCAGGUCGCGUCGUCAGCAUCGGUAUAGCGCCUUGGGGAAUUGUGGAAGGAGCCAACGAGCUUAUCGGACGUGGUCGAGACGUGCCUUACCAUGCAAUAGCAUCACCAAGAUCAAAGUUAGCGGUGCUAAACAAUCGUCACGCCUACUUCCUUUUGGUCGAUAAUGGAUCUGUGGGUCGGUAUGGCGCAGAGAUCGUGCUUAGGAGGAAACUAGAGAAAUACAUAGCAGCACAGAAGUUACAUCCAUACACCCACUCAUCAACACCAGUCGUGUGCCUCGUGAUAGAAGGUGGAACGAACACAGUGCGUGCUGUGCUGGAAUACGUGACAGACAACCCUCCCGUACCGGUUGUGGUGUGCGACGGCAGUGGUCGAGCUGCGGACCUUAUAGCUUUUGUACACAAGUAUGCGUCCGAAAGUGGGGAGCAGACGGUGCUGGAGUCAAUGCGGGAUUACCUGAUCGGCACAAUUCAGAAGACCUUCGAAGUAGGUCUGCAACAGGCCGAGUGUUUAUACAGCGAACUCUUGCAAUGUACGCGGAAGAAGAAUCUGAUAACGGUCUUCAGGAUACAAGAGAGGGCGGAGGGUGGCGAGGUUCAAGAGCUGGAUCAGGUCAUAUUGACUGCGCUGUUCCGCGCCCAGCACCUGUCUCCGAGCGAACAGCUUUCCUUGGCGCUUACGUGGAACAGAGUGGACAUUGCAAGAUCAGAAAUCUUCGUGUAUGGACAGGAGUGGCCUCCAGGUGCUCUCGACGAGGCAAUGAUGCAGGCUUUAGAACAUGACCGCAUAGACUUCGUCAAACUCCUCCUCGAAAAUGGUGUGUCUAUGAGGAAGUUUCUCACCAUACCUCGGCUGGAAGAGCUCUAUAACACCAAGAGCGGUCCGAGCAACACCCUAAGGUACAUCCUGAGGGACGUGAGACCCCACCUGCCUCGAGGUUACGUGUACACGCUGCAUGAUAUCGGCCUGGUGAUCAAUAAACUCAUGGGAGGUGCUUACAGGUGCUACUACACUCGCCGCAAGUUCCGUCCAAUCUACGCGAAGGUGAUGAACAAGAGUGUGAAUGUCCACCGCAACAGCGCCUCGUUCACCCGCCACAACGCUGGGGGUCUCUCCCUCAUCACAGGCUUCAUGCCCGUCACCACAGAGAUGGCGUUAUUUGACUACCCCUUCAAUGAACUGCUGAUGUGGGCAGUUCUAACGAAGAGGCAUCAGAUGGCAUUACUUAUGUGGACCCAUGGGGAGGAGGCGCUCGCGAAGUCCUUAGUAGCAUGCAAGUUGUAUAAGGCAAUGGCUCACGAGGCUGCCGAAGAUGAUAUGGAGACUGAGGUAUAUGAAGAGUUGAGGCAUUAUGGGAAGGAGUUUGAGACCAAAGCACUUGAAUUGUUAGACUAUUGCUACCGCCAAGAUGACGAUCAAGCACAACAGCUACUAACUUGUGAACUCCAAAACUGGUCAGGACAAACUUGCCUUAGCCUAGCCGUAGCUGCCAACCAUAGGGCCUUACUCGCACACCCUUGCUCACAAAUCAUCCUAGCCGAUCUGUGGAUGGGAGGCCUUAGGACGCGCAAGAACACAAACUUGAAGGUAAUUCUGAGCCUGCUGUGUCCGCUGUACAUUCUGCAACUGGAGUUCAAGUCCAAGGAGGAGUUACAACUGAUGCCGCAGACUGAGGAGGAGCAUCUGGAGAACGAGUCAAUGGAAGACGACAGGAGUACGAAGGACCCGAACGAUGCCGAGGCGUUGAUUGGCUCAGGGGCCGAAUGCGAAACGAGGGUCGAUCAGAACGGGAAAGUUGGUAAAAUUGGGUGGGAACCGACGUACAGGGACCUUCCGGAGUACCACGCACCGGAGGAUAAGAGAAUGCGGCCGCUGAGGUUAAGGAAGAAAAUAUACGAGUUCUUCACGGCACCCAUUACUAAGUUCUGGGCUGAUUCGAUCGCCUACAUAUUGUUCCUACUGAUGUUUACUUAUACAGUAUUAGUCAAGAUGGACUUGACUCCAUCUUGGCCGGAGAUUUACUCCAUAUGUUAUAUACUCACGUUUUUGUGUGAGAAAAUUAGGGAAAUUAUUACGUCCGAGCCUGUUGCUAUUAGACAUAAGUUCAGCGUGUGGGCAUGGAACAUGUGGAACACGUACGACGCGGGCUUCAUCAUCUUCUUCCUUGUCGGCCUGACGUUGCGCCUGCGCGCCGCCUCCAUGGACGUUGGUCGGGUGAUCUACUGCGUCGAUAUCAUCUAUUGGUAUUUAAGGAUUCUCAAUAUUUUGGGGGUCAAUAAAUACUUAGGUCCUCUAGUCACAAUGAUGGGUAAAAUGGUUAAGAAUAUGAUAUACUUCGUGGUGCUGUUAUUGGUUGUGCUUAUGUCGUUUGGAGUGGCGAGACAAGCGAUCCUGUACCCUGACAGAGACGCUAGUUGGUACUUGAUAAGAGAGAUAUUCUACCAGCCGUACUUCAUGUUGUACGGCGAAGUUUUCGCUCCGGACAUCGACCCGCCAUGCGGCAUGGACGUUGGUAACCAGAAGUGCGUCACCGGUCGCUGGAUCACCCCCAUCGCGAUGACAAUCUACCUCCUCGUCGCCAAUAUCCUCCUUAUAAACCUUCUUAUUGCCGUCUUUAACAAUAUCUUUAACGAAGUCAAUGAAGUCUCGCAUCAGGUGUGGAUGUUCCAAAGGUUCACAGUGGUCAUGGAAUACGAACAGAAACCUGUAUUGCCACCUCCAAUAAUAAUAUUUUGCCAUAUUUACGCCACAUGCAAGUGGGUAACCAGGAAUGUAUCGCAUCAGAGGUUUCAAUAUGAUAAUGGGCUUAAGUUGUUUUUGGAGAAGGAAGACAUGGAAAGGUUGUAUGAUUUCGAGGAGGAAUGCGUGGAAGGAUAUUUUAGGGAACAAGAAGUUAAAUUAUCAAACUCUAUAGAAGAAAGAGUGAGAAACACAACGGAUAGGGUAGAACAUAUCACGACCAAAAUGGAAGACUUAAAUCAAAAAGCUAAUUGCCAAAUACAAUCUGUACAGAGUGUAGAAUUUAGGUUACGCAAAUUAGAAGAUGUUGCAGAGCAAACCAUGAAUCAUCUAGCUGUGAUACAUCGGUUCAUGGCAACACAUCCGUCGCUGGUAAACCGCGGGUCAACUGACACUUUGGGGCCACCUCCACCAAGUUUUGCGGCUGGAGUACCGAGGCUCAGGACGGCCAGCGAUAGGUCUGAGGUGCUGUCGGACAGUGACACCGGGGUGGCGCGCUUCGUGGUGCGCCCCGUGCAGGAGGAGGACGAGCACGCCUCGCAGGCCUCCGAAGACGAGUUGCCACAGUCCGGGCCUGAUGCUGGACCUGAAAAGGAGCCUGAAGCAGAUUCCAUAUCGACGUCAUCAGGGGGCAGUGUAGCUGGACCUGAUGUGACGGUCAUCAGGCCAACAGCGCCCGUCACUCCCGCCAGGCAGAGGUCCUCAGAUAGCAACAGGACUGAGCCUAGCGAUGAGAAGAAAGUAUCAUCGGUGGCUGACGACGCAUUUUUACCGGAAGUCCGUGAAGUUCCGUCCGACACGCACAGCUUACGUCCUCGAACCACUUCCGCUGGGACCAGGCGUACUGCCAACGCAAGACGGCGUUCUGAAGGGGGCAAUGACUGUGGUAUGGCCGGGCACUACUCCACCCACCACCUGGCUCCCAGAAGGCAGCACAGUCAAACACAUUCUGAGCCUGACAACUCCGCGGUCGAUGCGUGCUCGCUACAAAAUUCUGUCACAGGUCAACAGUCUGGCUGGGAGGCUACGGGAGGCGCGGCCGGUGUAUCAUCAGGUCGGACCCGAGUGGGCGGUGCUCCUAGAUCCCUACUCCUGGCCAUGCACGAGUACACCAGCAUAACUGAUGAGCUGGAGACCGUGUAUGGGCUGUUCUCACCACCGCAUACACCGAGAACCCCGAUAACAACUCGCCUCCUAUCGCCCAACCGGGCGUCAUCGCCGUCGAACCGUCGGAGGCACGCCAGCGAAAUGUCCAAUCCUGAGUUUGCGCUCUUCAUGGAAAAGGAGCAUCUUCGAGGGGCCGAGGAAGACGAUUACAUCAUCAUGGAGAACCUCAUACAGCGUCGCCUAGAAAUGGAGUCUGUAAUGGCCAGAUACGAGGAGGAGGAGCCUGGGGAGGGGGAAGUCAGCGGAGUCAGCAUCAGCGUGUGUGUCAACACCAGCGCUGAGGAGCCAACGCCUCCCCAGACCACCACGCUGCUCACUGUCAGCGACAGAAGACUGCCGCAUCAGAGGCACUCACUCCGAAGAUCGUCAGCCAUAGACAGUCGCGAGCUUCCAUCGCCUUUGCAACCGCUUCUAGGCGAUGACGCUUGCGGAGAAGUUCUGCUUCCUGUUCCGAGACAACCUUCAGGUGACACGAACGCGUCAAGCGAGCUGUCUCUCUCGCACAUGGUGAGUGAGAACCUUCCGCCGCGGCCUUCCAUAGUGCUGGACUCCUCACAACUACCGCGACAACGCUCCGCGGAAGCCCCACAACCUACAACCUCGCCUCAACCAGCAAGACCAGAGACAAUGUGCUAAAAGUUAAAUGUUCCAGAGCAGUAAAGUAUAGGAAGAAAGUAUAGAAGAUACGCAUCAUAGUAUAGAUCAAAAAGGAUAUGGGACUUAAAAAAAGAACUACAGCAAAAACGCC